AUGCGCCCCUACAGUGUUUGGACGGCUCGGCUGUCCGUCAGCGGCGUGGCCACGUCCCAUUUGCCACGGCGUCUGAGUCCCACCUCAGACGCAGCUUCGCGUUCCUGGGGGCUGGAGGCGACAGGCGGCUGUGCCGGGCGCCGCCCUAAGCCCGGAGCCUGUGGACGAUGUUCCCGGGGGCUGGAGGUGACGGGCGGCUGCGACGGGCGGUCGACUCAGACCGCCGGCCGCCUGCGUCACGCCGGAGAUGGAGGACGCAAGCGCUGGCAGCCGCCUGGGGCGCGCUGGAGACGGGGAGGAGACGAGGGGGCCCGGAGGUUACGAGCGGCUGCGACGGGCGACGGCCGGACGGCUGCGUCAUGGCGGACACGGAGCGCUCGCGACCAGGCACGUUCCCCCAAGUGCCUGCCUCCGACAGGCGGCUGGGAAGACAGAAAACUCUUUGUGGGCAUGCUCAACAAGCAGCAGUCGGAAGACGAUGUGCGCAGGCUAUUUGAGGCCUUCGGGAACAUCGAGGAGUGCACGAUCCUUCGAGGCCCGGAUGGCAACAGCAAAGGUUGUGCGUUUGUGAAAUAUUCCUCGCAUGCGGAAGCCCAGGCGGCCAUCAAUGCCUUGCACGGAAGCCAGACAAUGCCGGGGGCCUCGUCGAGCCUGGUGGUCAAGUUUGCCGACACGGACAAGGAGCGCACCAUGAGGCGCAUGCAGCAAAUGGCGGGGCAGAUGGGCAUGUUCAACCCCAUGGCGAUCCAGUUUGGAGCGUACGGCGCAUAUGCACAGGCACUGAUGCAGCAGCAGGCAGCCAUCAUGGCGUCCGUGGCCCAAGGCGGGUACCUAAAUCCCAUGGCGGCGUUCGCAGCGGCUCAGAUGCAGCAGAUGGCAGCCCUGAACAUGAAUGGUCUUGCCGCCACGCCCAUGACACCGACCUCAGGUGGCAGCACGCCUCCAGGCAUCACUGCAUCAGCCGUGCCUAGCAUCCCUUCUCCUAUUGGGGUAAACGGUUUCACUGGUCUACCGCCACAAGCUAACGGGCAGCCCGCUGCAGAAGCUGUCUUUGCCAACGGCAUCCAUCCUUACCCAGCACAGAGUCCGACCGCAGCCGACCCCUUGCAGCAAGCCUACGCAGGAGUGCAGCAGUAUGCAGCUGCUUACCCUGCUGCCUAUGGCCAGAUCAGCCAAGCCUUUCCACAGCCGCCUCCCAUGAUCCCACAGCAACAGAGAGAAGGACCCGAGGGCUGCAACCUGUUUAUCUACCAUCUGCCCCAGGAGUUUGGGGACGCAGAGCUGAUGCAGAUGUUCCUGCCAUUCGGUAAUGUCAUCUCCUCGAAAGUGUUUGUGGAUCGGGCGACAAACCAAAGUAAAUGCUUUGGUUUUGUGAGUUUUGACAAUCCGGCCAGUGCCCAGGCGGCCAUCCAGGCUAUGAACGGCUUCCAGAUUGGCAUGAAGAGGCUGAAAGUGCAGCUGAAAAGGCCGAAGGAUGCUAACCGCCCCUACUGA